CUUUGAGAAGAGAGCAGAUGAGCAUGCCAGCCGAGGCGAAGCGCUACGCACUGGAUGUCAAUACUGAGGAAGAUGUGGCCUUCAAGAGCCGCACCAACACACUUCUGAUGACCCAGCCUCAGGAAGAGCCCAACGCCAGUAGGCUCAGCUGGGGUGCUUGCACGCGCCCAGUUCUCGAUGAAAACAAAUUGGAGUACCCGAGUGUUGACCCACCGGAAUCGCCGGCACCCUUACCCUAUACGGCUCGGGCAUCCCCUCGGGGAUCCUCUCCGGCUGGUGCGCAGCGGUGUGUCGAAGACGCAGUUGGGGCGAUUGGGCGCGGCAGUGAAGAAACGAGCAGUCCGAAAAUGACAGCGAGUCCGUUCCGUAACGCCCGGCCGAAGAGGUCUUCUGAGGAACUUUUACUUCUGUCGGACUCUGACGAUUCGGCUGCAUCGCCGCCACGGAAGAAACGGACAUCGUGGAACAGGCAGCCUAGAGUGUGUCGCACGCCCGUUGCUACGGCUGGCACGCAAACUGAUGAGUCUUUGACGGAACGAUAUCCCCCCGGCCGUGGACAAGAUCGGUUUGAUUCAGUGGCGAGGACGCCAGGCCGACACGACUUCGCGUCACUGACGAGACACUCGUGUGACUGCUUAGCAAGGAGUCGGAGUUUGCUGCCGGGUAUCACAUCGCCCUCUUACGCUGAUCGAGCACUUGAGCUCAAGCGCAAAGAGGCGCAACUUGAGCAGUUCUUGCAACAGUCAGCAAGGAGAAGAGCGAGGCUGAUGGUCUCAAUUCGUAAACGGAAAAGGGAAGAGGAAUCAAUCGCAUACGACGACGAUGGGGUUAUCGCACCUAUAAGAGGUUUGGAGUUGCCGAGUGGCUCAGCUGAAGGCAAGUGGGCUGAGGGGAGACCUGCCCAGGAAGGAUAUUGCACUAGAGCACGAGAGCAAGCUCAGAGGAGUUCCAUCUCGUUGACGCACAAAGCGAGUAAAUGGCAUGAUGAAUUAUAUUACGUACCGGCAAUGGAGGAGGUGGCUGAAGAUAGUCCUCCGCCGGCGUCUCCGACAGCUCGGGCAUCACACGGUAUUUUCGUGUCGGAAGGCAAGGCCAAGACCAGGCCGAAACGUCGUUCCAGCUGGCAUGGAGAUCCUGAUCGCACGGUUUUUGGUGACGUAACGCCGCUGCCUUUGCAUGGGAGUUAUCAUAGGGUGGUGGUCCCGAAGGCGAAUAAAUUAUUGGGUGAGAGUAGGACGCGCGCGCCCAUAGACGAUGAGCAGUGGAAGGCUUUGGCUGCCAAGUUGCGAGAGAAGUCGGAGAACUAUGCAAUCGUCACUGAGGAUUCUCCUCAGGGCUAAUUAACGAGCGGUCAGUUACAGAGACAGUUCUCUGGGAACCGAGGUUCGACCGGAGUGGGUGUUGUUCCCAAUGUGCAUGACUUGGUUGACUAAUGCUUAGUGUAGGGCUGUCACUAC